CGUGUGUGUGUUUUUUAAAGAUGGCCGGAGCGGCGGCGGCGGUGGCCGCGGGAGCAGCAGCUGGAGCCGCCGCGGCAGCCGUGUCGGUAGCGGCUCCGGGCCGGGCCUCGGCGCCCCCACCGCCCCCGCCGGUGUACUGUGUGUGCCGGCAGCCGUACGACGUGAACCGCUUCAUGAUCGAGUGCGAUAUCUGCAAGGACUGGUUCCACGGCAGCUGUGUUGGAGUAGAAGAACAUCAUGCUGUUGACAUUGACCUAUAUCACUGUCCCAACUGUGCAGUUCUACAUGGUUCCUCCUUGAUGAAAAAGAGGAGGAACUGGCACAGGCACGACUACACAGAAAUUGAUGAUGGUUCCAAACCAGUGCAGGCUGGAACUAGAACUUUUGUGAAGGAAUUACGUUCUCGAGUCUUCCCAAGUGCCGAUGAAAUCAUUGUAAAGAUGCAUGGCAGCCAGCUGACACAAAGAUACCUGGAGAAACAUGGAUUUGAAGUCCCUAUUAUGGUCCCCAAAUUAGAUGAUCUAGGACUCAGGCUCCCUCCACCUACUUUUUCUGUUAUGGACGUGGAACGUUAUGUAGGUGGUGACAAAGUGAUAGAUGUCAUUGAUGUGGCAAGGCAGGCAGACAGCAAAAUGACACUUCACAAUUAUGUUAAAUACUUCAUGAAUCCUAACAGACCAAAAGUGUUAAAUGUGAUCAGCCUUGAAUUUUCAGAUACAAAGAUGUCUGAAUUGGUGGAGGUUCCUGAUAUAGCCAGAAAACUUUCCUGGGUGGAAAAUUAUUGGCCUGAUGAUUCAGUCUUUCCCAAGCCAUUUGUUCAGAAAUACUGCUUAAUGGGAGUUCAAGACAGCUACACAGAUUUCCACAUUGACUUUGGUGGGACUUCAGUUUGGUACCAUGUCCUCUGGGGCGAGAAGGUUUUUUAUUUGAUAAAGCCAACAGAUGACAAUUUGGCACUCUAUGAAUCUUGGAGUUCAUCUGUGACCCAGAGUGAAGUGUUCUUUGGAGAUAAGGUGGAUAAAUGCUACAAAUGUGUGGUAAAGCAGGGACAUACCUUAUUUGUUCCUACAGGGUGGAUUCAUGCUGUGCUCACUUCUCAGGACUGUAUGGCUUUUGGGGGGAACUUUCUGCACAACCUUAACAUUGGCAUGCAGCUCAGGUGUUAUGAGAUGGAAAAAAGGCUAAAAACACCAGAUCUUUUCAAAUUCCCUUUCUUUGAAGCCAUAUGUUGGUUUGUAGCCAAAAACUUGCUGGAGACCCUAAAAGAACUGAGAGAAGAUGGUUUCCAGCCUCAGACUUACCUAGUACAGGGAGUGAAAGCGCUGCAUACUGCUUUAAAAUUAUGGAUGAAAAAAGAACUUGUAUCUGAACAUGCCUUUGAAAUUCCAGACAAUGUUAGACCUGGACAUCUUAUUAAAGAACUUUCUAAAGUGAUUCGAGCAAUAGAGGAGGAAAACGGCAAACCAGUUAAAUCUCAGGGAAUUCCUACUGUAUGUCCAGUUUCACGAUCCUCAAAUGAAGCAGCUUCCCCAUACCAUUCCCGACGAAGGAUGCGGAAACUUCGAGAUCAUAAUGUCCGAACUCCUUCUAACCUAGACAUCCUGGAGCUCCACACGAGGGAGGUGCUCAGAAGACUGGAGAUGUGUCCCUGGGAAGAGGACAUUUUGAGCUCUAAACUGAAUGGAAAAUUCAACAAACAUCUCCAGCCAUCUUCCACGGUACCUGAAUGGAGAGCGAAAGAUAAUGAUCUCCGGUUACUGCUGACAAAUGGAAGGAUAAUUAAGGAUGAGAGACAACCCUUUACAGAUCAGAGUCUUUAUACAGCAGACAGUGAAAAUGAAGAGGAUAAGAGAAGGACAAAAAAGGCAAAAGUGAAGAUGGAAGAGAGCUCAGGAAUAGAGGGGGUGGAGAAUGAAGCGUCUCAGAAACCACUUAACAGGUUUUUAACAAGUGUGAAAUCAGAACUCAGGAAUCGAUCAUCAGAAUAUUCUGAUAUUUCUGAUUCAGAAGACUCUGGACCUGAUUGCACCACACUGAAAAAUAAUUUUACCACUGAAGAGUCUGAAAGUUCAGGUGAUGAAAAGAAACAAGAAAUUACAUCAAACUUUAAGGAAGAAUCUAAUUUGAUGAGGAGCUUCCUUCAAAAGAGCCAGAAGCCGUCUAGGAGCGAAAUUCCAGUUAAAAGGGAGUGUCCUACCUCGACGAGCACAGAGGAAGAAGCUAUUCAGGGCAUGCUGUCUAUGGCAGGGUUGCACUAUUCCACGUGUUUACAAAGGCAGAUACAAAGCACAGACUGCGGUGGUGAAAGACACUCUCUCCAGGAUCCCAGCAGCUGCCGCAGCAGUAACCAUGAGGUUAGGCAGCUGUAUCGCUGUGAUAAGCCAGUGGAAAGUGGGUAUCACGUCAAGACUGAAGAUCAAGACUUGAGGAGUUCUUCCUGGAUUAAACAAUUUGAUACAACUUCCAGAUUUAAUCGUCAGGAUCUAAGUAGAGGCCAGAAAUGCAUCAGAAAGGAAGUUUCAUCAGAAAUCAGUCAGAAGGUACAAAGUAGGAAUUCUGUGGACAGCAGUGGCUCAAGCCCUCAGAAUGGAAAGUAUAUGCAGAGUUCAAGCUUGAUGUCAGGAGCAUGCGAGAUAAGUAAUGGCAGUGCAAGCCCAGAAAGGCCUGUUGGUGAAACUUCCUUUUCAGUGCCCCUUCACCCCACCAAGAGACCUGCAUCAAAUCCACCACCUAUCAGCAACCAGGCAACAAAAGGUAAACGUCCAAAAAAAGGAAUGGCAACAGCCAAACAACGUCUUGGGAAGAUCCUUAAAUUGAACAGAAAUGGCCACGCACGUUUCUUUGUGUGACGGAGCUGCGGUUGUGGUCACUCUUCCUUUCGGAGACCGGUCUCGGGGUACGGGAGCCUGGAGCUUCCGCACGCCUCCGCUGAAGCAGUUUGCAUGUACCGUAGGGAACACUGCCUGAAGAACAAAAUGAACCCGAUGCUGCAUUUUCACUGUGCCACACCCACUCAGCAAUAACCAUUUUGGACCUGGUGGGGAGAGGAAGAAGGAGGGUAGAACCUUAAAAAGAGACCUUGAACUGGAAAGGGUCUCUUGUCAGGGCUUGAAUUUCAUUUUGUUGUUGGUAGUGUUUUGAUUUGUUUUCUGUGGUAGGGUAAAGAAUUAUCAAUAAUUUAUUUAACAGAUUUUUUUUUAAAGUUAACAGCUUUUAAAUUCUUUCUUUUUUAAAGCUAUUUAUUUGGAAGAUUUCUGGAGAAAUAUCUCACUAAUUUAGAUUUAAGAAUGUGAAGGUUUUUAAAUUAUUUUUGAUAGUGUGUGUGUUACAUGUGGGGAAGAGCCACGGUAACAGUAACUAGUCUGGACUCUUAAAUUUGCUAUUCAGGUUAAAGUCUUAAACAGGGAUUUGAUGCAUUAAUUAUUUUAAAUUAAGAUGUAUAUGAAAAUCAUUUUAUUUUAUAUAAUUCAUGUGUUUUUUAUAAGCUAUUAGCUUCGCUUUUGCUAACAUCCAAGGUGCAUACUGUUAUCCAGGUCGAUUACCUAUAUCCCACCUUCCCUCUGCACUCCCCAUCAUUUCAUAACGACACAAGACUCUUCUCUUUGCAGGGAAAUACUUUCAUAGCCAAUGUGUAAGAACUACAUAGAAGACCCCACAUGUCUCAUUUCAUUUGACAUUGCAGUUUUCUUCUAAAUAGAAAAAUAGGCUUCUUGCAUUUUCAUUUUUUGCUGAUGAUAUCUGGGUCCCAAAGAGUACAGCUUUAAUAUCUUUUUCCUACUUGUGGGAAAAGUAUUAUAAGUUUGGUUAAAUUGUCAUGUUUGUAGUUUUUCAAAUACAUUUGUAACUACAGAGGGCCUUCUUCAUACUACUGGUAUUGGAGGGCAGGACCAACACCUGCCACAGAGGUUAUAUUUUAUGACGCUUUUAUUCUGUAUACCUAAUUUGUUGGAAAAUAUGAAAUAUGGUUUGACUUAGAAUAUUCAAAUCUGCAUAAUAAGCCGUAAUAUAAUAAGACUAUACUAUAUUAAGUUGUAUAGAAGCAAGCAUGUUGGAGUAGAUGAUUUGGGGGUGUGUGUGUGUGUGUGUGUGUGUGUGUGUGUUUAGUUUUUUAUUUCUUAACCUUCUAAAGAAUUAUUUAAGAUACGGAUUUGGAGUAAAAUGGGUGCUUUUUGCAGUUUCUUCCAUCUAUCCUAACUUAACCAGUGCAUAGUGAGGUUAAGUAUCUGGUUGAGCUUUAAGGAAUCAUUUCUCUCCUUUGUGCACAACUUUUACUAAGUGCCAGUUUUCAGUUGCUUGCAAUAGCUUAUAUUUUCCUUUUCCUCCCCCCAUGACAUAAAAACAAGUGAUUUCUGCCGGGGGGGGGAGGGGCGGUGGAGAUAUUCCCAGUUCUGACAAUAGAGCAUUUUACAAGUUCCUACAAAGAAAAUAUAGGCAAAUUGGAUAAAAUUUAUUUUUAUGGAGAAGAAAUACGGCCAUAUUAUGGAUUUGUCUUUUUUUUUUUUUUACUCAGCAAGGUAGCAGGACUUUCCCUUCUGUAUUAAGUAUCACUUGAAGAGCUAAGAAAAAAAAAGUCUAUACCAUUAUCUUUCAUGGUCACAUUCAAAUGUGUAUUUUCAAAGAGAAAUAUUUCUUACUCUGCCUCCGUUCCAAUAUUUCAUGGAAUAUAUAUGAAAUAUCUUACAAAUGAGCCUUUUUGGUCCAAGUGACUGGACCACUGUCUGGGUCUUAUCUGGGUGUCAGGGAGAAGAAUUUUUAUGGGAGUACUAAAUGUCUAUAAUAGGCCUACUUAAACUCUGUACGCUAUGCCCAAACUAGGUAGAGGUAGGUACAGUCAGUCAUUUGUUGGUCAUCAGAGCUCAAGACGUCAAAAAUGUGGGUCUGCCUGUUUCUCCCACCUUCCCCACACAGUAUAUUACUGUGAUGUUUUGGUUUUCUGUAGACACCAUUUUAGUGUUAAAAUACACAUGUUUUGGUGUUAGUUUAAGCAUUGAGAAUUAUAAUUUCUUUUUCCAGCUACAUUAUGAUUUGGGUUCUUUUGUUGCCUUUACAUUUUUCACAGCUCUAAGUAUUUUUAAUUACCUUUUUUUUCUUAGCUAUAAAAAUGAAAAUAAAUAAUUUAUUUUUAUGAAUUAAAAUUGUAGCCAGUAUCUGCCCUGUGUACUUAGGCUGGUGAAUACUAAUUUUAAGUAGCCAGUAUGUUGAACUUUUAAGUGAAGGAACUGUGGAUUCAUUUCUGGCAGUGUUAGCCCAUUAACUGGCUAAGUUCAAAAAACUUUCAGUAACAUGAAAUAACCACUAAAACAGAAUACAUGUAAUCUUUUUGUGUAUUGGUAAAAAUCCAGCCACUGAUCCAGUGACUUCCUUGUCAAACCUCUUGUAAAAUCACUGGCUGUGAUGCAUCCCUUUAUCUUGUGGAAAUGACAGAAGUUUGAAGUAACAGCAUCUGGACUCGACUGCAAUAGACAGCCUUUCCCUCAGUCUCAUUUAUUAUGUGUUGUAUAGACCCUGCAACCUAGGAAGACACCGGUGGUGGCAUUUAGCUAGUUAUAAGCAAAUACAAAUUAUGUCAAACACUUACGAUUUAACAUAUGCAAUUUUAAGUGUAGUAGUAGGUAAUCAUUUUCCUGUAUUGAUUCAAAUAAGUGACUUCUGUUAACCUGGGAUCCCCUGUACUGUAAUUCAUAACGUCACAUAAUAUUACGCUCUCCAGUAUUGAUUAACGGUGUAAACUGUACAAAGCUGGCAGUUUAUAAUAGUUCAACACCUAGAAAUACUUUGAACUUCAUAAGUAUCAGUUAAUUUUUAAAGCAUACAGAAUUGAAAAUUCUGACCGAAACCAUCUUAUAAACUCAGAAAAGAAGCCCAUCUUUAUCACUACUUAGCACUGAAUACUGCUUUAUUUUUUUUGCUCUAUUUUUUAAUAAUCCUAGUUAUUGCCUUUUUAAUGAACUCUACUGUAUUUAUUCAUAUGAGAUCAGCAGGUAUUUAUCAGACAUCUACUAUGUGCCCAGCACUACUUAGUACUGUGGGGGGCAUAUAAAGUUGAAGCUGUAUUGUUUGCUCUUGAAGGUAUCUUCUCCAGGAAAUAAGCAGUAUUAUUUUCACUUCUAAGCAAACUUAAGCAAGAGGGCCCAUUCAUAAAACAAAACUUUAUUAGUUUUAACAGAGAUACACUAUACAACUGUAGAGGUAGAAGUAAAAAAAAAGUUUUUUUAUAUUUUCAAAAUUCGAAAAACAUUUCAAAAGUUAAUAAUUAAAUGUUCGUAAUCAUAGGGGCAUGUUACAGCAUGAAAGGGAGCAGAAGACCUCGGUGUUUGUCCAAGUUCUGCCCUUUAUGUUUCAGCUGUGUGACCUUGAAGAAGUCAUUUAUUCUUUCUGAGUCUUAGUUUUUGCAUUUGUAAAUUUGGAUCAAAAUGCAGUUAAGAAAAACACAGAAAAGCAUUCCUUAAUCUAUUAACACUUCAUAUUUGCAGAGGAUUUAUCAUUAUUUAAGUUACAGCUGACAACAAAUGCACAUUUAUAUGCUUUUUUUUUUUUUUUUUAGCGGUACGCGGGCCUCUAACUCUUGUGGCCUCUCCCGUUGCGGAGCACAGGCUCCGGACGCUCAGGCUCAGCGGCCAUGGCUCACGGGCCCAGCCGCUCUGCGGCAUGUGGGAUCUUCCCGAACCGGGGCACGAACCCGUGUCCCCUGCAUCAGCAGGCGGACUCUCAACCACUGUGCCACCAGGGAAGCCCUAUAUGCAUUUUUAAAUGAAAACUGCUGUUACUCAUAAAAUUUGCUUCAUAUCAAAUAUAUGCCCAGAACUUGCUAUCUAAAAAAUCUGAAGAAUCUCUAACAAGAUGCUGAAUUAAAGUCAAAAUCAGUGCAUGAAGUGAAAGAAAAAGGGAUGAGAUACUUUAUGGAUAAGAGUGAGAAUGUUUAUCCUCAAGUAAUCAUUAAGAUGAUUUAAAGUAAUUAAAAGAUAAUUUUAGGUUUUUCUCAAAGAGUACUGCUUCAUAGAUUCUGCAUACUCUUCAGGGCACUAGCAUAAGGUAAAAUAAGUCAUGGAAUGAAAAUGAUUUAACAACCAUCCAUGGUACUAGAGCAGGAAAAUAAGAUGGUAGAUAGAUGGGGAUCAGCAAAGACAGCUCUGAGUUGGCCAACCAUGGCUCGUUGGGUAGAGAGAGAAACAAACCACUGUAGUGUAGGGAGACUCGGCCGGAUUCUGCUUUUUUCAAGAAAUGCUCUUUAUAGUGAUUAGUCAACUCCCCAAAGAGCUGAUGAAUAAUUGUAUGGCCCAGUACACUACUGCCAGAAGUAGCUAUUGCAGUAUGUAAGCAUUUUAUGAUUUCAUAUUAAGAGAUGAGGGUUUUAUAUAAAUUUGAAAUUUUUUCAAAAGUUCAUUUUUCACGUUAAUUAUUAAGCUAAUUGCUUCCUCCAAAAAGAGAAGUUAAAGAUCAAUAGUCAUUUUCAGAUGCCGUAGACCUUCAUCUAAAGCAGUUUUGAGAAGGUUGAACAUCAGAUCUUUAGCUUAAGAAGAGAGACAAAUGAAACCCAGCGAGGGCAGUGACUCGCCUGGGGUCACAGUGGAUCCCAAACCUCUGGUACUUUGCUUCCUACAACAGCCCCUGUUCUGUGACACUGUGAGGCCUCUGCUCAUCCUGUGGCGGGUGAUGUUGAUACACUUUCUAGAAGCCAGGUGGAAAGAAAGGGGAAGAAGUCACAUACUACUCACUACAUUGCUGUUGAACGUAAUGUAAUUUUAAUAAUGAAGCCUUACUAAAAGCCCUUCCGUUAUUUUUGCUUUCUUUUUUUCAGUGAACGUCAUGCCGUAAGUCAAAUAUUUGCUAUCCCUUACAUACAAAUUUUUUAAGUUAAGGACGUUAAGAAGCAAAUGCCUGUUUUCAAAGCAAUUAGCUUAUUGUGACUGUGGUUUUAUUCUGUUAUGGUGGGGUUUUUUCCCCUUUAAUGGGUAUGGGAAAAUAAUACUCAUUAAGCUGCAUUCUACCCCUUAGAGUCUCCCUCUCACCCUUCCUGUCCUUCCUAGUGUCCUGAAGCUUUGUCUUAACAAGCGCAACAUUACAUUUUCUUUGUUAAAGCCUUUUUGAAACUGUAUUCAGUGAUUCUUCCAACAAGUUUAUCUGCUCUGCACUAUUUCACUAAUAAACCCUGGCUACCACGUAGCCCCUGACCUCCAAGUAGCUUACCUAUGCAAGACCUGUGACAUCCUGAAUUCACUUUUCUUUAUUUCAGAAAGCACCCCUAAAUGGAACUUAAUCAAAGAUAAACCUUGUCUCCACCCAGUUUUAUUUUGGCCAUUUCCUAUUCAAAAUGUCAGCUAUUUUCCCCCAAGAUUUUUCACCAAAACAGUGAUCAUAAGUGCUGGAAUAGAUACUAUUUUGCAGGAAUAAAAUAACCCAGAAAUACUCUUAUAUUUCUUUGGUGGAUUUUGGUUGGUAACUGUUACCAGCAGGAGGUGUAAUGUAUAAUGAGGAGUUGAUUCCUUGCCUAGAAUCAUUUCUUCCCUCUAAGAGUCAUAGGAUUCACCUUUUAUUUUUACAAAGCAUACAUGUAACUUCCACGUUAUAGUCAGGGACCUGAGGUGUAACUUGCUAAGUGAACCCCAAGGUUAUUUUAUCUUGCAAAAGAAACCUAAACCAAACUAAGGGCCUUACAUUUAUGGUUUAGACUGAAUCAAAAGCUGUAACCUCAGUUUUUCCGAAAACAGCUUCUGACUGCAAAGCAAGUCAUGCAGUUGUUAGGUAUGAAAUAGCACUGAUCAGGAAAUGCACAUGCGUCUGGGCAGACUGCAUUUCCUUCCGAAAAGACUUUUCUACUUUUAAUAUAAAUUAAGCCAUAACAGUUUCAUGCUGUGGAAAGAGGGUGAAAAGGUUCAUUUUAAUGAGAUUAUAUGAUAUGAACUUUCACAUUUACUGUGAAAUGUCGAACUUUGCCAGUGCUUCAGCAGGUUUGUUUG